AUAACCCAGUUGGGGUAUCAACACUACGCGUUCAGUAUUCUUUCGUCCUUCUAGGGUGGAAAUAACCGGGCUUAAUGAAGCGGAAGUUCUCUUGUGAGUGCAACAGUUAUGUGAAAUAAUUUUUCAAUCACCUCUAGUUCAAUCUCAAGUCAAUGUUUUUGGUGAAUUUCAAUGAAAGCUUUGAAAAAUGGUGUGCUCUUUCAAGCUUCGACGUCAUACAAUAUAUUGAAAUAUCUAAUAAAAUACUCAACCUUUGAUUACAACAAUAUUAGAAGAACUCAAUUACUUUGACAAUAUUCUCCAAUCGAUGAACUGCGUAUGACAUAAAUAAUCAUAAAUCAUGAAGUAUUUGAAGAUCGCCGUUUUUAUUUUCAAUCUUCUAAUAUGGUUGACUGGAUUUAUGGUGAUCGUGAUGGGCACUUGGUUAAUGUUUGACCCAAGUAGUGAACAUUUGUUAAAUCUAUUUGUCAAAAGUUUAUCGCCUCAUCAUACUGUUCAAGUUUUGUCUUAUAUUUUACUGGGUGGUGGAAUAGUUGUCUUGAUAGUAGGUUUUCUUGGAUGUUGUGCACCCCUCCAUGGAAGUCAAUGCAUUCUAGCUGUCUAUAUUGCAAUGUUAGUGGGAUUAAUAAUACCAGAAUUAGUAACUGCAGCCGUUGGUGGUUUUUUAUCUUACCGAGCACUUUCUGGAUUAGAAAAUAGACUAUUAGAGCGAUUAGGUGAUCAUUAUGGUCACGACUUAACGAGUGAUCUUCCUUUUACUCAUAGUCUUGAUUUCGCUCAAUAUAAGUUCAAUUGCUGCGGAAUUUAUGGUGAUAAUGAUUACAAUGGAACUGCAUGGUGGAGGGAUGGCAAGUUGUCUGGGUUGAGAAGGAAUGUUCCUCUUACGUGUUGUGUACUCAAAAACCACGAGUCCAAAAAUGUUGGCAGUCCAAUGAGUGUUGUGUCGAGAGUUUUUCACAAAGAUUACGAAAAACCAUGGUUACAUCCACAGCCAAAAGAUGAAGCUGCUUGCCAAGCUGGUGAGGUUGAAGCACAUAAAGAGUAUCGAAAUAAAGAAGGGUGCCUCGAACGAGCUACUGAGUGGCUGCGCAAUGAAAGUUUAAAAUUGGUUUUUCUUGGCAUAGGGAUGGCUGUAAUUCAGACUUUUGGAAUAAUAACUGCAACGAUUCUCUGUCAAACAUUUCGAAACAGAGAAGCUGAAACCAACUAAUGUACUGCCGUUUUUGUUAAAAUGCAUUGUUGAUAGCUGUAGAUAGAUAGGAAAUUCAUCUUUGUGUGUAUUUGCAAUUGUGUAAAAUUCAUUAAUACACAUGUACUCGCAAAUAGAUUGUGAUCAAUAGAGCCAAAUCAGUAUGAGUGAGUUUAAUAUGUGUGACAACAAAACUAUUAAAAUGUCUAUCAUGCAGUUUGUAUCUUUUUUAUUCUAUUUUAAACAUAUUCAUUUUUAAUUAUAUUUAUUAUUUUUCAUAAUUGAUAGUUAUUAAUUGCUCAGGUCAACACUUUAUUUGGUGCACUAAAAAAUUUAAAUUGUUUUGAGGUUAAUGGAGUUGUUAAUAUAGUAGUUGGUGAUUAAAAUAUGAAAGUAAUGUAAAAAAAGAAGAAAAUGUGAUGCUAUAAUUAAUUCAAAUGCAAAAUUACAUAAUUACAUUUGUUUUCUAUAAUGAUAAAAAAUAAUAAUUUUAUUCUAUUAGCAAGUGUUAACUUUUGUAUAUUAUGUAAAUUGCACGAAUCGUUAUUAAUAUUAUAAAUGAGUUUAAUUAUUGAUUAUUGUUGGAAUAAUUGAAUUGUUCCAAUUAUUAUGCAGUGUUGGAUUGAACAAAAAGAAUAAUUACUUUUGUUUAUUACUCGAUAAAGUAUUUAAAAUAUUG